CUCAACCUUCAUUCCCUUCUUUAUAGAUCUCCUCCUGCAUGGACGCCCGAUGCCGGAACAUGCUAAAAUAUUUGGGCAGAAACUCGGUUCCGUCGCUGGAGUCUGUGGCUGGAUUCUAAUUUGAUGUUUUGUUGGGAAUAAUCUCCCCCUUUCUGACAGGAAAGAACUUACGCUGACUAUUUAUUCAACCUCAGAGACCGCUCAGGAAAACUAAGUGAGCACACAAAACAGUUAAAUUAUUAGAUGUUUGAUCAAGCCACGAGUAUGGGCGAUGGAAUCGCCGAAGACCGAAACCACCGUGAAUCCAAUUCGUUGUGCCGUGACCGCGGUAGAGACUCCAAAAGCCGGGCGGAAGUUCGGAACCGGUCACCUGUGCAGAGUUCUACCGACACACCGGGGACUUCGGCGUCCACACCGACUUCAUCUAGCGAGGAUGGACACGAUAAACUUGUAGGAGUCGAUCCGGACUACUGUCGAAGGAUUCUGGUCAGAGACGCCAAGGGCACUAUUCGGGAGAUUGUUUUGCCAAAAGGCCUGGAUCUGGACCGGCCGAAGCGCACGCGGACCUCGUUCACGGCGGAGCAGCUCUACCGGCUGGAGCUCGAGUUCCAGCGAUGCCAGUAUGUGGUGGGGCGCGAGCGCACGGAGCUCGCCAGACAGCUCAAUCUGUCAGAAACUCAGGUGAAAGUGUGGUUUCAAAACCGCCGCACAAAACAGAAGAAGGACCAGACCAAGGACACCGACAAAUGGUCAUCGUCCACUUCUGAAUCGCUCGCCACAUGCAACAUCUUGCGGCUGCUUGAACAGGGGCGGCUUUUAUCUGUGCCUGCGCCUCCGCCCAACCCACUGCUGGCUCACCCGCACCCGGGCAACAGCUCGCUCCUGGGUAGCUCGUCCGUAUCCACUUCCUCUGGGGUGAGUAGCAGCACCACGCCUCUUGGGGUGGUGGCGGGCAGGACGUUCGGACUGUCACUGUCUUCUUUAGGCGGCACCCCACCCUCACCGCGCCUCGGGGUCCCACCGCCCUCCCUUUGCUUUACCAUGCCUCUCUUGGGCGGCACCCAUCACGAACUGCCAUCAGGAUACGGGUGUGGAUCCUCAGCGUUUGAGCCCUACUUGAGGAUAGAGAGGAAGGACGGAGAGUUAAAUGGGAAGAAGACGGUUUCCUAAAAACGUUCCCAACCAGUACCUUCUCACCUCUACCUGUCUCAGGGGUCUCACCUGUGCCGUAAACAACAGAAAGUUUUGCAAACUAACAAAAAGAGAUUGAAUUAUGGCCUCUCUUGCGCUAGUGCCUACAACCAAACUGAGGCCAGUCAGACUCCAUCGUUCCAGUGGAGGUGAGCGUUUGGGACGAAGCCUGUAAUUAAGCAUCGCUGUGUUCGGUCAAUUGCGUCGUCCACAGGUUUCCUUCCAUUUUUGCAUUACGUGUGUGUUGAGGAACUUAUUCUUUGUGAACGAUGGAAAACGCUGUAAAUGUAACUGUAAUAGUAAAAGGCUAAAUCUAAUUUCUCAAGUUUGUUUCCAAAUGGGUGUUAAAAAAAAUGAAAAAUG